UACAUGCACUCUCAACAAACAAUUAUAAUGUGUUUAAGGCAAAAAUACAACUAAACUGUGGCUCAUGUAAAUGAAAAACAGCAUAAUCGAGUAGCCAAAGGAGUUGAAAAACAAACAAGAAUCAACAUGAAUUGCAUAGAAGUUUCCACAUGCCAAAUAGUUUUUUUUGUUUGAGGUUCAUGUCAGAUCAUGUUGCACACAGUCCUACAGUAGAAAAAUAGAUUUUCAGUUAAUAUCUAAAUGGGACAUGAUGUUUGAGAGCUCUGAUCAUUUUUUAAAAAUAUUUAGCUCCUUUUCUGUUUCACAAAUAUUAAGUUGUGGCUUUCAAAAAACAUAAGGUAUUUUGAAGAUACAAGUAAAACAAGAAGAAACAUGUCAAUAUACUGGACAGGACAAAACACUGGGGUGUUGGGAAGAAAUUCAACAUACGGUUUCUACAAAAAACUAUCUGAUAUAAGAAUGGUAAUGAUCGGGUGUCGAGAGCUGCGAACAAAGCGAGGAAGUGGAAAAAGUUCAGCAGGCAACAUCAUUCUGGGAAGAAAUGCUUUUGAUGCUGACAGAAGAACGGCACGAUCUGUUCAAGCUUCAGGAGAUGUACAUGAAAGACAUGUGACUGUGGUUGAUACACCAAGCUGGUGGUGGCAUUACACUGUGGAAACUAUUCCUGAGUUUGAUAGACUGGAAAUUAUGAAAAGCCCGACACUAUGUCCUCCUGGACCUCACGCCUUCCUUCUGCUCCUUCCUUUAGAUGCUUCAAUUCCUCUAGUGUAUGCAAUAGAGAAACAUCUAGAGUAUUUCUUCAAAAAUGUCUGGAGUCACACUAUUAUAUUAUUCACCUCCGUUGAUGCAAAUGAUAAUUACAGAACAUUGACCAGUUUUAAAAAAUGGACAGACUUUCAAUCGCUUCUCAGGAAGUGUCAGGACAGAUAUCAUGUUCUGAGUAUUAAAAACAAGGACAACUAUCAAGUGAUCUCACUGCUGGAGAAGAUUGAAAGAAUGGUGGCUCUAAACGGUGGCAAGUACUUUGACAUCAUCAGAAGUGUCUCUGUAUGGAAUGAAAGAGUGAAUGUAAUAGAAGAAAAAGUCAAACAGAGACUUCUGGCAGUAAAGGAACAAAGAGAGAAACUCCAAGCACAGAUAAAAGACAAGCAACAACAUCUAAUGGAUAUUGGGAUUGUGAUACUUGGAGCAGGUUGGUUUUCAUGCAGCUCUGCAGGUAAUGUCAUUCUGGGCGCAGAAGUUUUUAAAACUGGUGCUUACAGAACAACAGUUCGCUGUGAAGUCGUUCGUGCUGAAGUACAUGGAAGAUGGCUGACAGUGGUUGACACUCCAGGCUGGCAUCUUGACAGACCUCUUGAAAAGACAUCUGAGAUGGACAAACUAGAGAUAAAACACAGUGUAUGUCUAUGCCCUCAUGGUCCAGAUGCCAUUCUGUUAACAGUUCCUAUUGACACAGCAUUUAAGAAGUCUUAUCAAACAGCUGUUGAAGGACACAUGAGUCUUUUAGGAAAGAACGUCUGGAGUCAUACAAUCGUGCUGUUCACUUGGGGAGAUUGGCUUGGAGAUACAACCAUUGAGGAACGUAUUGAGGCAGAAGGAGAGCAUCUACAGUGGCUUAUAGAGCAAUGUGGAAACAGAUAUCAUGUUUUUGACUGCACAAAACACAAUGACAGCACACAAGUCAUUGAACUCCUUGAGAAGAUCGAGGAAAUGGUGAUGGAGAACAACGGCUGUCAAUUUUUACCAGAAAAAGACAGAAAUUCAUCCAUUGAGUAUGACCUCAAGAUGAAAACAGCCAAUACAAACAUGAUGAAAGUAAGAAGACAAAGAGACAUCCUUCAAGAACUGUUAAAUGACAAGAACUACAAUCUUUCAGAUGUGAGGGGAGUUCUUCUUGGAGCAGAAGGAGUUGGGAAAAGUAUGUUGGGAAAUAUUAUUCUGCAAAGAAAUUGUUUUGAGAGGACACUGGAUGAGAACUACAUAAUACCUACAAUGCAAUGUGUGAUGAAACAGAGCAAAAUUGAGGGAUGUCAAGUCUCUGUGGUGGACACACCAGGCUGGUCAACAUCAACUCCAGAAAAUGUAAAAGAAAUUUUACGCAGUGUGACAGUUUGUUCUCCGGGUCCACAUGCAUUCCUUCUUGUGUUACCUGUGCGUGAGUCUUUCACAAAAAAAUCUCAACAAACAGUGGAGGAGCUCAUGAGCCUUUUUGGAGAAAGUAUCUGGAGACAUACUAUAAUUGUAUUCAUUGAUCAAUUCUGGUUGAGAGACAGACCAGUGGAGGAGUACAUUGCAUGUGAAGGAGAAGCUCUGCAAGAGUUAGUAAGAAAGUGUGGAAACAGAUAUCAUGUGAUAGAGAAUGACUGGAGUAACAAAUCUCAAGUCAGGGAUUUGCUCAAGACGAUUGAACUGAUGGUGGCAAGAAACAGAGGUGAAUACUUUACUCUUGAAAACAACAAAAUAAAACCACCAACAACAACAAUUUUUAGUGAACCAAAAAUACUGACUGAAGAGGAGUGGAGAAAACGUGAAGAUAAACUUAUUGAGAAGAUGCUGGAGGCUGCAGUGGUUGAUCUGGAUGCGGAAAAAUCCAAGAAGACAUCUCCCAGAAGGGAGCAAAGCUUUAACAAGCCAAUCCCUAGUAUAAGUGGAGAGUCAAUUCAGAGCCACAUAUUUGAAUACCCUGUUUACAACUCUGUUGUAAAAGUAUCUGAAUGGCUUCAGCAUCCCAGGUACAGGUACCACGAAGCAUCAUCUGGAUAUGACACCAUGAGCAUUACAAGUUCUGCAGAUCUGACAGUGAUGGAUGAGGAAAUUGACAGAAACGAUGUUCCGACACCCAUGCCCAGACCAUUAUAAUAUUUAAUUUACCAACACAUGGCAUGAACAUUUUUUAACCAUAUCAGUAACACAACAUAGUUAAAGCUUGUAGUAUAAUUAGUAAUAGAGCCAAAUGUUCUGCCUUCAUUACUACCAUGCAACAACAAAAAAUGUGGACACUUGGAUGGAAUACCUACCGUAGUUUGGGGAAUGAAUGUACUUCAAAAUGUGUAUCUUUAAUGUGAGUUGCUUUGGAUAAGUGUCUGCUAAAUGCAUAAAUGUAAAUGUGAUUUGAGAUUGUUUGAGUAAUGAUAUAACUAUAAACAAAUAUACAAUGUCAUGCUUUAUAGACAGAAUAAAAAAUUAAACAAUAUAUUUCAAUAUACAGCAAACAUGUACUGUAAGAUUAUUGCAAACUGUAGUUCAAUUUAAUGUUACUAUGAAAAUGCACUAUUAUGUGCUGAAUUUCUAGAAU